AUGAUAACGCUGUCAAAAGAAAAGUGUGAGUCAUGGUAUCCAUCUUCAAGUUGUGGCACAAUACAAUCGAAUACUUUGACUAAUGAGGAAAUAUACGAUCUCCUUGAAAUCCAUAAUAAUAAGCGGGCUUUUGUUGCGAGCGGUAGUGAAAUGCGUGGAACCACGGGACCUCAACCAGCUGGAAUAAUUCAACCACUGCAAUGGGACUAUGAAUUAGCCAAAAUAGCUCAGAGAUGGGCCGACCAGUGUCGAUUCGGUCAUGAUCAUUGUCGCGAUGUUGACCGGUUCCCUGUUGGUCAGAACGUUGCUAAAAUGAUGCACAGUGCCGGAUAUACCAUAAAAUUGUCAGAUUUGGUACAGCUAUGGUAUGAUGAAGUUCAAGACUUUGACGGACAGAGUGUUUACAACUUCAGAUGGCAAUCGUACCCACAAAUCGGACAUUAUAGUCAGCUUGUUUGGGGCGAAACCACUCACGUUGGUUGCGCCGCCAUCAGAUACAUGGGCUACGAUGCCUGGUACACGACCUAUUUGGUUUGUAACUAUGGACCGUCUGGGAAUUGGAUCGGUCGACCUGUAUACUAUACUUACUAA